UGUUUCUUUUUGUUUCGAGUUUCUGUUCACUCUCUAAUUGAAUUGAGUUUCUUAAACCAAUACAACACCUCCAUAAUCAUACCACCUCUCUCUUUUUUGGUCAUAAUACAAGUCUUCCAGGUUUUGAUUUCUAAUCAAUUCAAAAAUAGGAGGGUAUUGAUGAAGUGAAGUACAGCCACUUUCCUAGAUGACCAGUCUUUUUGUAAGUGUGAGUAGUUUUGAAAGAAAUAAGAAAUGGAUGACCAGAAGCAAAUAGUGCUGGUUGGAAUGGAUAUUGAUGCAGAGACCAAGGAUGAGAAAAAUUUGGAAACAAUCAAUGAAGAACAAUGGGUGAAUGAUUCGUCGGUGGAUCACAAGGGAAGACGGCCCCUUAGAGCCUCUACCGGUGUUUGGAAGGCCGCUCUCUUUAUCAUUGCAAUUGAGUUUGGUGAAAGGUUGAGUUACUUUGUGAUUUCAACAAAUCUCAUCGUCUAUCUCACCAGAGUGGUUCAUCAAGAUCUCAAGACAGCGGCCAAAAACGUUAACUAUUGGUCAGGAGUAACCACCAUGAUGCCUCUCCUUGGUGGUUUUCUAGCUGAUGCCUACUUUGGCAGGUUCCCCAUGGUUCUGAUUUCGUCAACAGUCUAUGUAUUGGGUUUAAUACUGCUGACAAUGUCAGAGCUCAUCCCUGGACUAAAGCCUUGUGAUGUUGUGUGCCAGCAUAGAUCACCGAAGGUUCAUGAGGUGGUCUUCUUCAUUGCAAUCUACUUGAUCUCUAUAGGUACUGGUGGUCAUAAACCAUCUCUGGAAAGUUUUGGAGCAGAUCAGUUUGACGAAAAUCAUGAACAAGAGAGGAAGAAGAAGAUGUCAUACUUCAACUGGUGGAAUUUUGGUCUCUGUAGUGGACUAAUCCUAGGUGUCACCGUGGUAGCUCACAUCCAACAGAAAAUUAGCUGGGCUGCUGGUGAUAUUAUUAUCACUGUCGUUAUGAUUGCCACCAUCGCGGUGUUCUGUGCUGGGAGGCCAUUUUAUCGGUACAGAAAUGCCAAGCAGGGGAGUCCCCUGACCCCAAUGAUUCAGGUUAUAGUAGCUGCCAUCAUCAAGAGAAAUCUUCCUUAUCCUUCAAAUCCUGCCCAGUUACACAACGAGACAAACCAUCCAACACGACAGACUGACAAGUUUAGAUUUCUCGACAAAGCUGCAAUAGUUGAAGAUAGCAAUAAGGAAGAAAUUCAGAAAGCUGUAUCAACGAUUUCAACCCCAACGAAGAUCCAGAGAAAUCCAUGGAGACUAGCCACAGUAACAAGCGUAGAGGAUCUGAAGCUUCUUCUAAACAUGAUUCCCAUUUGGUUGACAACAUUGACAUUUGGCAUAUGUUUAGCACAGGCAACAACAUUCUUCAUCAAGCAAGGUACCCAUAUGAACAGGAAGAUUGGCAGUAGAGGAUUCGAGCUGCCACCAGCAUCAACCUAUUGUCUGGCAGCCAUUGGAAUGAUACUCUCCAUAUGUUUCUACGACAGGAUUCUAGUACCCAGGCUGAGAAAAGCCACGGGGAAUGAGAGAGGUAUCAAUAUCCUGCCAAGGAUAGGUAUUGGCAUGGUGAUCACUAUGUUGGCAAUGGUAAUUGCGGCUUUGGUGGAAAGGAAAAGGUUAUCUGUUGCACAUAGUUCGUCAGGAAAGACAUUGAUGAGUGUGUUCUGGUUAGCACCUCAGUUCUUGGUAUUUGGUAUUGGAGAUGGUUUUGCUCUAGUAGGUCUGCAAGAAUACUUCUACAGCCAAUCACCAGAGAGCAUGAGAAGCUUGGGCAUUGCGUUAUAUCUCAGUGUGCUUGGAGUUGCAGAUUUUCUCAGCAGUAUGCUUAUAACAGUUGUCGAUCAAUUAAGCGGAAUGAAUGGAAGGAGUAGCUGGUUUGGAAAGGACAUGAAUGAGAGUAGAAUAGAUAACUUCUACUGGCUGUUGGCAGGUAUGAACGGUAUGAAUUUGAUUGUGUACACAUUGUUGGCCAGGAAGUAUACUUACAAGAACAGCAUCAAAAACAAGAUCAGCAAUACUAGUAGCGACGAUAAUGUCUAGGAGCACUGCCAUUUGUAAAGGCUUAUAUUGGCUGUAGCAGGUAGUAGGUUAUAACUUUAUAUUUCUUGAUAUUGGUAGUAGGUAAGCUUGGCUUCUCAUAUCAUUUCUUGUGGAGUGUUGCAAGAUUUGGUUAGAAUGAGAAAAUUGAAGUUAUUUUCUGACUGCAGGCACAGGCUACUUCAACCUCAGCUCUUUAAAUAUUAUUGGAUAGAGAGAAAUUUCUGUUUGA